UUGACAUUAAAAAGUAUAAAUUCCAUCUCGAGUGAUACUCAACAGUUGUAUGUACUGCUGCAUUCUAGGGUGAUUUUCAAACAAGGUUGCUGUUUCCAUGAUGGCCGGGUUCCUGUUAGCAUUUGCUGCAUUGAUUUUUGCAAGUAGUGCUGCUGCAAACACUGUAUGCGUGCACAAAUACCAAAUGAUUGGUUGCUUCCAAGAAGAUUCCCCUGGCAAACUGCUCAUUAAUGAAGAACAUGUCAUUGACUGGAAAAAUAUUGGGACCUUUUUAAGUGGAAUUUCAUGCAAAUGCGCAGAAGCGGCUAAAGCACAAGGAUUUGCAGGCUAUGCAAUCCACUAUGGAGGACAGUGCUACGGCAGAACUAAGGAUCAGGUGACUGCGUUGAUGAAAAAAGAGCAUAUGAAUCAGAUUUGUUAUGGAGAGCAGAUAUACGUUGAUUGCUUGAAAGAUGAGCACAGCCACUGCAUGGGAAAGGAAAAUGCUGAAGCCGUUUAUCAGUUCAUCGACAGCGCAGAAGAAAAUGUUGACGGAGGAUUUGGUGAUUGGCUUCCAUGGACGAAAUGUGACAAGGAAUGUGGUGAGGGUUUUAUGUACAGAGAAAGAAACUGUGACAACCCACCUCCCAAAGGAGAGGGCAAGGACUGUAGCCACCUUGGCCCUUACACAGAGAGGAAACCUUGUGUAAUCAAAGAAUGUCCAGUGGACGGUGUCUGGAGUGAGUAUGGGUCAUACGGGCUGUGCUCCAAGUCAUGCGGAGGAGGUGUCCAAUACCGCCAUAGAAAUUGCUCUAACCCAGCACCGGCGCACGGAGGAAAAUGCUGCACAGGACACACCUCAGAAGCCAAAGCCUGCAAUAUUCAGCUUUGCCCAGUGAAUGGAGGGUGGAGCCCUUACAGUCAAUACAGUCUAUGUAGCAAACAUUGCGGAGGAGGAAACCAAACACGUCAUCGCCUAUGUAACAAUCCUUUGCCUCAAAAUGGUGGUGAAAGUUGUCACGGUCCAUCAUCUGAGUCGAAAUCAUGCAACACAGAUGUUUGCCCAGCAAUACAUCUCUGCAAUCUGGCAUAUACAAACUAUGAGACACAUGGAGGAGGCAACAUGGUGUAUCUUGAUCGCCAUCGAGUUCAGUGCGCUGGUUCUGGUAGCAUCUUGUCAAUGUUUUAUCUUGAAAAAAAUGGUGAGAAAAUUCGCUUUCGGUAUCAAUGCUGCAAAAUCGAAGGCCAAGGGGUGUGUAGCAGCAGUCAGAAGACAUCAUUAUUCAGUGAAGAUGGGACUGGCAAUACGAGAUAUCUUGACAGGCAUGCAAUGGAUUGCAGCACAAAAGGCUUCAUCAGUGAGUUUAGAUUAGAGAGGAAUGCAGCUGGCAAUAAAGUAAGAUACAACUACCAGUGCUGUCAAUUAUCAGCCAAUUGGACAGGCCUAGCUCAGUGUUAUACAAGACAUACUGGAUUCACAUUCGAUGGUAAUGGACGAGUUUAUUAUCUGGACAGACAGAUGGUAAGCUGUGAUGCAGGAUAUGCCUUGUCUUACAUCCAGCUUCAGAGAAACAACAUUGGUGGGGACCAAUAUCGAUACAUUUACCGUUGCUGUAAAGUCAAUUUUUGAUAAUCGAUAAAAGCAAAUAUCAAACACUUGCAGUAAAUUAAAAACACUUGUAUUAAGUUCACCAUAUGAAACCUUAUUCGUUGCCUAUUCAUUCUUCUUCUUACCUA